UCCGCGAUCACACGCGUCUUAUAUACAGCCUGUACCUCUGCGGUUUUGGGAUGUAAACUCUCCCCACCUGUUUUCAAAAGCUCUUUGGGGGGUUAUGCUGAAUUCAGACUGUAUGAAGACCCCCUUGAGCCCCACCCAGCUGGUCGAAAACGGACAGUUGUGCUUCCUACCUGGCUGCGUGGAGGUAAAGGAACCUGGUUAUGUCAGCAGCACAGACAUGCAGCUGCAACAAGAGAAGAAGAAACUACUCUACUCUCUCUGCGAAGUAUGCAACAUCCAGAUACACUCGGCUGCGCAGGCCCAGGUCCACUUUAAUGGCAAGUCUCACCUUAAGAGGGUCAAGCAGUUGAAUAAUGGAGAGGUGCCCACGGCGAGUGUCAGCGUCGCUCCCCCUCCUCUUCUUCCUCUUACCAGCAACAGCAGUCAAGGUAGUUCCUGUCACACCAAUACGCUCCCCACAUUGCUCCGGACUUCUUCUCUAAUGAUGCAGUCCUCUCUGGAUGUGAAGUCUUUCAUGACCCUCCCCAUGGAGAGCUCCUCUCCGGUCGGCCUGUUCCCCAAUUUCAAUACUAUGGACCCCGUCCAGAAAGCCGUAAUCAACCACACAUUUGGAGUCUCCGUUCCUCCCAAGAAAAAGCAAGUUAUUUCGUGCAACAUCUGUCAGCUCCGCUUUAAUUCGGAUAGCCAAGCCGAGGCGCACUACAAAGGGAGUAAACAUGCCAAGAAGCUCAAAGCGCAGGAGUCCACGAAAAAUAAGCAGAAAAGUGCUGCCGCCCCGGACUGCGGCGCUAAGACACUCUCCACCUCCUGCAGUUCUGUCACUGCCAGCUGUCCUGACCAACCAGAAAAGAAUUUAGAGCCACCGGCUGCACACAAAGUGCCCGCCUCUCCUCAAGCCUUUACACCAACUCCUACUGCGGCCGCGGUGGCGUUAGUGCCCAGGCUGUGCAAGAUGGCACCCGCGCACGCCAGCCCACCCAGUGAGCCGUCAGGGCAGGCGACAGCCGUAAAGAUCGCCCUUAAACCAGCAGCGCUGCCAACGGUCCAAUCAGAGCCCAGCGUUGAGUCGGAGGAAGAGAAGGCCAAGAAGCUACUGUACUGUUCGCUGUGUAAAGUAGCUGUCAACUCUCUCUCACAGCUGGAAGCUCACAACACAGGUUCAAAGCACAAAACUAUGUUGGAGGCACGAAAUGGAGCUGGUCCCAUUAAGGCGUACCCCAGACCCGGGUCCAAACUGAAAGUUCAAAGCACACAACUUAAUAAAGGCUCAGGCUUACAGAACAAAACGUUUCAUUGUGAAAUCUGUGACGUCCAUGUCAAUUCUGAAAUCCAGCUUAAACAGCAUAUCUCCAGCAGGCGGCAUAAGGACAAAGUGGCAGGCAAACCGACCAAACCCAAAUACAGCCCUUACAACAAGCAGCAACGCAGCUCCAGCACGCUGGCAGCAAAACUAGCCUUGCAGAGCGACCUGGUAAAGCCCAUUUCACCAGCUUUCCUCCCCACACCGUUCUCACCCACCACAGUCCCCUCCAUCACGCUCCACCCUCGACCCAGCACCUCCAUCUUUCAGACGGCCGCGCUUCCGGCCUCCUUUCUCCGCGCCGCUCCAGGCCCCAUCCGACGAACCGCUGGAUCCAUCCUGUUUGCGCCUUACUGAACCUUCGCGCAGCACGGAAGUGACCGUAUAUUUAUUGAAAUGUUAUCCUUGACCCUCCUCACCAUCGGAAACCCAGGAUGUUGUCGUUGUGAGGGCUAUUGCAUUUGAAAACGAAAAAAAUGUGUCGAACUGCUUCCUGAAAGACUUGAAUUAUAAUAGUCUUCCUUUUCAACCAACAGCUCUGGAUAAGGCAUCACCUAAAACAAUCCCACAUCUCACCGGCUUGAUGUUGUCAGGGAUCCGUGCUACAGUUUUGGACUAUGUGCUGUCUUGUAUGGUGUAGUCAAUAAGCUCAGUCACCGGGUUUCCUUUUAUCUGCCAGGAAAACGAUCCCAUCUCAUCGUGUGUUUGGAUUUCUCUUAUAAGUAGAUUCAGCCUGUUUUCAUUAUGAGAGUCAAUAGACCCUUUUACUGUUUGUACACAAUGAUGACGUGGCAACGUAUGCGCACGCAGAUUGGCUUUUAAUCUCAGUACACAAUGUAACUACAGAAGAGUCACGUUUUAAAUACGAAAAAUAUCAAAACUCUUUGGUUAUUUUUUACCACGAUGCUAAUGGUCUAAUCAGAUUCAAUGGAUUGUGCUAAGCUAUGCUAAAAGUGCUAGCGCCAGACCCGGAGAUCAGCUGAAUGGAUUUCACAAUAAUGAUGUGGCAACGUAUGCACACGCAGUUUGGCAACUGAAGUAUGGCAAGAAUCAGCAAUGAAGCAACACAGACAGAGAAAGGUAUUUUAAAAAGUUAACUUAUCAACUUUUUCAACACAGCUACCAGAACGUCAGGGUUCCCACGAGUCCUUGAAAUCCUUGAAAGUUCGUGAAUCUGGGGGGGAAUCAAGGCCCUGGGAAGUUUUUGAAAAUAUACAAACAUAGAUACAGGUCAUUGAAAGUUUUCUGGAAAAAAAUCCAUAUUAUUCCCUGUGUAGUGUAGGAUAAUAUCAUAAAAGUUCUAGACUUUUUAAGCACACGUGCUAAACUGUUCACUUUAAAUGCUUAUAUCUUCUGUAUGCAAAUGUUGAUUCAUACCAAAAUGCUUUUUUGCAUAGUUGUGUUUGACACAUGAAAACGUCUCAGGUUACGUAUGUAACUGUUGUUCCCUGAGAAGGGAACGAGACGCUGCGUCUCCCUUGCCAUACUUCCUGCGUCCUUGUAACGCCGUCUUUGGCAAUAUUUCAGAUAGCGAUAUACUUCCUGGCUCCCGCGUCACCCUGUCUUUGUCGUUAAGCCUCACCAUUGGUUGAAUUUGAUAUACACAUUCAGACGCACUUACCCCUGGAGGCGUCCCCAAAGUGUCACUGCAGUGACGCAGCGCGAGUUCCCUCGAAAGGGAACUGUAGCAAUGUAUCUUAAAAGGUAACACGAUGUAACCUUGCUCUCACUUGAAAUGUGUCCCCACAUUUAGUGCUUGAAUUUGAAGGUAUUGGACCUGGAAAGUCCUUGAAAGGUCCUUGAAUUUAGGUGUGGGAACACUGUUUACUACAGUAUAGUGGAGUGGAUAGAAGACGUUAGGAAACAACACCACUUCUGUUGCCAAAAUGCGCGCGCAGGCUAUGAAAGGGUCUAUUCUCUAUGAAAACAGGAAAACCGUGGGCCUUUCAUCUUUUUGUGAUAUCCUUAUUUGUCACGAGACUGUACUCGUAUGCAGCUCUCUGAUGAUGCAAUAAUGUACAGAUCAUUAAAUAUUGAUAUUUGUCAAAGUGUAUUUAUUGUUUACCUACCAGGUUGCAAAACUAGUAGUAUUUCAUGAUCUGGAAGAGGUACCAAGAAAAAUAGGUACAUCAUUUGGUACGUUAUUUUUAGAGACUGUACAAGAAAAAAUUUCCAUUUACUGAGAAUAUUCUUUAUUUGACUGUGGACGUUCAUGGUAUAUAUGUAUGUAUGUAUGAGAGUCUGUACAUAAAGAUACAACAUUUUCAAUAAAAUAAUAUAUUUAAAUGA